AUGUGUUCCGCAGACAUCUUCCUCGGCCUCUUGGCCCUGCUCUUCCCGCCUUUGCCUGUCUGGGUGAAGCGUGGCCUCUGCUCCGCAGACUCCUUCAUCAACAUCCUUCUCUGCCUCCUUGGCUACAUCCCCGGCCUCAUCCACGCCUGGUACAUCAUCGCCAAGUUCCCGGAGCCAGACUACGAGUACGAGACGGUUCCCCAGCAGGACCGUGAGAGCGGCCGCGUCACCUACGUCUUCGUCCACGGCAACGGCAACGGCCCACACACCCAACAGCCCCAGCAGCAGCCCCGUCCCUCGCAGCACAACAACAAGGGCAACAUCAGCUACGGCACCACGAACAACAACGGCGCCGCCGCCGCUGGUGGCUCGAGCAGGCCCCAGCCUCAGCAGCCUCAGCAGUACCAGGACCAUGGCGCUGGUGAGGGCAGCAGCGACGGCGCCGUGCCGCCUAGCUACGCCGAGGUGGUCGCUGGCGAUAACAAGAUCCAGACUCGGGAUUAG